CAGAGAUGUCGGCAAACAAUAUUCGAAGUUCCUAUUCCUCUGAAAGCAACACUAGACAACUGACGAUCCAUUGAGAUAUAGAAUGGCAGGACAAUUAUCCACAAAGGUAUAAAAGGACGAAUGUAGUCGUGUUACAAGAAGGUUUUGUUGACUGAAGGUGCAGAACAGAUCGCCGCUUUUUAGCCCCUGACCAUGAACAUACCAAGAAGACAAGAAGCUUUUCCUACAGUGUUUGGCCAUAAUAUCCCUUGCACACAAACUGACUGUGUGUUACCGGGUUGUGUUAACCUGAAGGUAAAGAAACUGAAAAACAACAAAACAAAGAAGAUAAAGAAACCUGGCAGAAAACCAAAGAAAAGUGUGGACCGAGGCACAAAGAGGUCAAAGAGGAGUGUUAUUGGAACUGGCAGAAGUGUCAGUCAUGCGCAGUGGUGGGAGGAGGAUCUGGACGAUGUUAUCGACAUUUUGAGACAGGAGAUUUCUGACACUACUCAUGUUUCACAAACAUCUUUAAACAAUGAUUUACUGACGUUUCCAGCCUUGCCAGUCCAAACUGCUUCCCGUCCUCGAAUUACAGUCCAGGCCGAUUUUCCAGUUUUUCCAGUGGCCCACCACCUAAAACUCGAUGAGAUCGACUCGGGCAAAGUGGCAGGUGACACACCUAAUGCUAACAUUACAGAUAACUUCCAACAGCCAUGUGAUAUCACAAGUGUUCAGACCUCUCCGUGUGUUAUGGAUGGAACAGUAUCUGGUCCAGAAACAAGCUCACCGGAAAAUUCUUCUGAUUUAAAUCGCUUCUCAAGGCAGAGUCAAGGCAAACUCCUGCUGCAGUAUUCUGAGAGAGAAGAGAAUGGGAACGCCUCUUAUAUGAGGAAACCAACUAGCUCCAUACAUGCUCCUAACAAGCUGUUUGGAAUUCUUUCUCUUAUCCUUCAGGCUUUAAAUAGUCCCCUGACAGAAGUGCUUGAGGAAUGCUAUACAGGAGUACUACAGAAAGCUCUCGCGGAAAUUCAGUCUGCUGUUACUAUAUACAAUUCUCUUAGUGAUCACAUGAUCACAAAUCUGUCGUGAACUAAGAAACUGCACGCCAUUCCUCAUAAACAACACGGACUAGUUUAGUCAUUUUACUAGCUGCUUUAAGUCAUCAUAGAAGUGAAUUUUCAGUAAAAAGAGAACACUUUGCUUUAGAAAACUGUCGGCAAUAUUUGUAUUAGUCAUAGCAGACACAGUGCCUUGUGUCCGCAAGACCUAACCUGUCCCAGCAUCUCGAGUUUACAAGAUUUGUUAAUCUAAAAAAUCUGGUAAUUUCAAACAAGCUUAGUAUACUAUUUUCCAGGCCACAAGUCUGGAAAAAACAUCCCCAAUACGACUUUCAUUACUGUAAAUUAGACUCGGUAAAUCGUUUUCAAACAGGUAGGCAGAAAAGGGUAUACAACGUGUAAAAAGUAAAAACUGUUUGAAGUUCUUGUUUAAGCCUCUUGAAAUAGUUUGGUUUGUUGGGAGCAGUAUUAAAAACGACAAGCCCCAACCGAAAAAUUAAAAUACUGUCUAGAAUUGGAAGGGAAUGUUAUUGAGCGCGUUCAAAUGAGGAUUCUAAGAGACUGUGAGAACCCUGCCCCAGGUACUAAAUCCCUUUCAAUUUAAAAUUCUUUUGUAUGCAUUUAAUUAGCUUCACUUAACUCGUUUGAUAGUACAAAUUCUUUUGAAUUGUCAACUCAAAAGCGAUGUUGGUCAGGGUGAUUUUAAUACAUCAAAUAAAUUCAUAAUUGGUCGCCAUUUAUGAAGACGAUCCAUGGUCCGCAGAAAUAGUCAUCUGUAGCAUUUAAUUACCUCCCUUUUGGAUAAAACCAACGCUGAGAGUGGUUCUCACAUUAGUGUCGAAAUUUUACAGACUAUUUUCGUAUUCUCGGUA